AGAGGACCCAAAAUAAGACCAUUGGACAAGAGGAAACACUCAAAUGUAAAAAAAACUAUCCACAAAAGUCCAAAACAAUGAUAAUGGAUCAAAUGGAGACAAUUUCUAAUUGCAUAGAAUGUGGGGUUUUUUUUUCCGAAUAUGCCUGCCAGAUGCAUUGUUGCAGGUUGUAGCAAUAAAACUAAAAAAGUUCCAAAUGACGGGAAUAUGAAGAAAGUACGGACCUCUCCAGUCAGAAUGGGACGGACCAAGCGAGAGGAGUACAGUUUGCAGCCAUUAUUUGAAUGAUUCCUACUUCGAAGAAGAAGGCUUUUGGGUCAGAGUUUGGAUGCGAAAAAUAUAAAAGACUCAAGCCAAAUGCGAUCCCGGAAAUCAGGAUCACCCUCAAGGGGAGAAAGACCAAAAAUGAGAGAAAAAGAAGGUGCUGAUAUAAUGAAGAUAAAGCGGCUGUGCAUGUUUUGCGACGUAGAACCAACCAGCUGCAACGGCCGAGGAAGCUGCAAGGUGGAGUGUGGCAUCACUUCCAUUUGUGCCCACGAUGAUGAAGUGUGUGUCGCUGUUUGGAGGAAAAAAGACGACAAUGUCACAUUUGACACGGUCUGCCAUAACCCAGCUGACAAGCUGUAUGGUCUGGUCCUGGAGGACUACAACAAUAGCAAGUGUGAGAUGAAAGAAAGGCAGGGUAUGGGCUCAUCCUUUUUCAUCUGCUCCUGCUCUGAGGAUGAGUGCAACCGCGAUAUCAUCUUUAACUCUUACGUGGACUCUCAGGUUGCUGUCAUCUUGGUGAGCCUGGUUCCUCUGCUGGUCAUGGCUAUAUUGGUGAUUUCUUCCUUCUACUGUUAUCGAGUCUACCUCCAGCGCAAGGCUAAUGCUAGACGCAAGAAAGGCGGCCCACCCGACUUUAGUGACGCUCGCGCCAUCAUGGUUGACGACGAAGGUUCUGACAGCAGCUCCACGCACGCCAAUAACCUUAACCACAACACUGAGCUGUUGCCUAUUGAACUGGAUGUCCAGGUGGGAAAAGGUCGUUUUGCCGAAGUUUACAAAGCCAAACUGAAGCAGGGAUCCACAGUCAGUGACGAGCAGGGCUUUGAGACUGUGGCAGUGAAGAUUUUCUCAUGCGAGGAUUACGCAUCCUGGAAGAAUGAGAAGGACAUUUUCUCGGACGCCGACUUGAGACAUGAAAAUGUGCUCCACUUCCUCACAGCAGAGGAGAGGAAGAUCCAGAGACAAUACUGGCUGAUCACAGCGUACCAGCCAAGGGGGAACCUCCAAGAAUACUUGAUCCACCAUAUUGUCAGCUGGCAUGAGCUGUGGUUACUGGGAGGAUCGCUUGCUGGUGGACUGGCACAUCUUCACAGUCACCACUCCCCAUAUGGCCGAUACAAGGUGCCUAUUGCACACAGGGACAUUAAGAGCUCCAACAUACUCGUGAAGAGUGACCUGACCUGCUGCCUGUGCGACUUUGGCCUCGCACUCCGGCUAGACAACUCCCUGUCUGUGGAUGAGCUGGCAAACAGUGGACAGGUGGGAACAGCCAGGUACAUGGCUCCAGAGGUCUUGGAGUCCAGGAUCAACCUGGAAAACAUUGAGUCCUUUAAACAAGCCGACGUGUACUCAAUGGCACUCGUACUGUGGGAGAUCAUCUCGAGGUGCAGCGCUAUUGGAGAGGUAAAAGAGUAUGAGCCUCCUUUCGGAAACCUGAGGGAGCACCCGUGUGUAGAGAGCAUGAAGGACAGCGUUCUCCGAGACCGGGGAAGACCUGAGAUUCCUAACAGCUGGAUCAACCACACAGGCAUCCAGGUGGUGUGUUCCUCCAUAGAAGACUGCUGGGAUCACGACCCAGAAGCCCGCCUGACAGCCCAGUGUGUUGCCGAGCGCUUUGAUGAAAUGGAGUACCUGGACAAGCUGUCGGACUGCUCCGACUCGGAGGAAAAGAUCCUAGAGGAAAUCAUUGUGGUGGACGAGAAAUAGCGCACAAUCCAAAAAAAUCAACAAAAAACACUGCUCCCUCCUGGGUGGCAGAGGUAUAACAAGGAACAGACUGGAAAAAUAACAGAGGUUAACUAUAAUGGCAGAUUUCAUGGACAAGCUUCACAGACAAACAGGGAUAUCACAAAAUAAAGCUUUUAUUACUUUU